CAUGGCGGACUUGCCAGUCCAUCAAGGUAUCCCAAGAUUCAUUGUACAUUGGCGGGUGCGCGCGCAUGUGUUUUCAUUCACACACAAGCGUACUACGAAUCUUACUACAAACAGAGACUGGCUCAUCACAGGCGAUUUAAAGGGAAGGCCCCCCACAAGGAUACACAAGACCACAGAUGUCCCUACGAGUGGUGAUAGUACCUGGGAACGGCUGUGAUGCGGUAUUCAACGCCAACUGGUAUGGCUGGCUGUACCACGAGCUCAACAAGAAGGGUAUAACCUGUGAACUGAGAAGCAUGCCUGAUCCGUAUGUAGCACGGGAGAGUGCUUGGAUCCCUUUCAUGCACGAUGAACUCAAAUGUGACCACACGACCAUCAUUGUUGGACACAGUUCUGGGGCCGAAGCAGCCAUGAGGUACUGUGAGACGUACAAAGUCAAGGGCAUAGUGUUGGUGUCGGCUUGCGUCACUGACCUCGGGGACGCCAACGAGAGGGCAAGCGGCUACUACAGUAGACCAUGGGAGUGGGAGAAAAUACGAGCUAACGCCGGUUUCAUUGUGCAGUUCGGUUCCACAGAUGACCCGUUCCUUUCUUGGGAUGAGGAACAGAGCAAGGUGGUUGAGGGGCUCAGUCCCGAACUGUACAAGUUUGAGGACCGAGGACACUUUAUGACAGGCGUGUUCCAUGAACUGCUUGACCUCGUCGUGAAGAAGGUGCAGGAAUCGCCCAAGCUUUAGCAAUCCUCUCAACGUUGAAUAAAUAGAUCGUUUGUC